UGGGUAUAAAUGCAGGACCUUUGCCAUUACUCUUUCCCUUUUCUCUUUCUAGCUUCCCUUCUUUUUCUCUCUUUAAAAAAUUUACAAAAACUUUUGCUUAAUUUCUUACCAACUACUGUACAAAAACUUCACAUUUUUUUGCCCCUGGACGUUUAAUUGACAAAAACCAGCUUCUGGGCAAUACAAAAACCAUAUAUAAUCAGAGAAAAAAAGAAGGUGAAAUGUUUGAAGCCCAAAAAACUCCACAUUUGAAUAAAGUUUUCUUCAGUAAAAAUCUUCAAUGGCGGCCAGAGUACUAAAAGUAGCUCAGAAUCUGAAAUGGGUUUCUGAUCUUAAUUCAAUUAAGGCAUUGGGAUUCUUGUGAGGUUCGUUCUUCUGUUGGAUUGUUGCUUUUGUUGAUAAAUUGAAGUUGGUAUGGAUAUGAAUGAUAAGGAUAAGUUGGAACUAGAAAAGAGGAAUGAAGCACCUUUGAGUUACCACCCCUCUGGCGUAUCAGCUGAUUGGCGAUAUGACAUUCCCAGUUUCGCUAAUUCAUCAAUGGGUCCAGUUCCAAGUGGGAAUUCUAUGGAUGUUUGUGGAGAUGCAGUUGGUCCAUCCUGUUCCUCGGGUUCAAUGGUGGAUUCAUUUGGUCCAACAACAGUUUGGGAACAUCCUGUUAACACAGGCUUCAAAGAAAUGAAUGUUCAUAAUGUUUCUGAUCCUCUAUUGAUGCUCAAAAGUGGUUUGUUUUUACCAAGCAUGCUGCCUCAUACCUUAUCUCAGUUUCCUACUGAUUCUGCUUUCAUUGAGCGUGCGGCUCGGUUUUCUAGCUUCAGUGGGGGCCACUUUGGAGAGAUGUUGAAUCCUUUGGGCAUCCAUCAGUCUGAUAAUCCUUAUAUUCGAGGGGGGGCUAUGAUGCAAGGUCCACAAGAAGAGGUAAAUGCCUUUAAAACCUUGGCUGGUAGACAUCCUCAAAAACCUGAGGCAAGCUUAGACGAAACAGAACAUGGGAAUGAGACAACAAUGGUAGAAAGGUCUAACGAAGAAGCCAAACAAACUGUUUCUAUGUCUGGAAAUGACUCAUAUGAACCUCAGUUUAGUGGCGGCCUUGCCCAAGAGGAAGGGGUGCAAUUAUCAGCUAAAGCUGAGGGUGCAAAGAAAAGAAAAAGGGGUAAUCAGGAUGCUGCUGAGGCCGAGCAAUCCAAUGGAAUUCAGCAGGGUUCUGUUGAAGCUAGGAAAAACAAUUUAGAUAUCCAAAACAAGGAGGAGCAGAUUUCAACACCAACUGGCAAUAAGUCUAGUGGAAAAAAUGUUAAACAGACUUCUCAGGCUUCUGAUUCAGCAAAGGAAGAUUACAUACAUGUGAGAGCACGAAGAGGGCAGGCUACUAACAGUCAUAGUCUAGCAGAAAGGGUUAGGAGAGAAAAAAUCAGUGAGAGGAUGAAAUUUCUUCAAGACCUUGUACCUGGUUGCAGCAAGGUUACGGGCAAAGCAGUCAUGCUAGAUGAAAUUAUUAACUAUGUACAAUCGUUGCAGCGGCAGGUUGAGUUUUUGUCAAUGAAACUAGCAACAGUUCAUCCUCGACUGGACUUCAACAUUGAGCGUCUUCUCACAAAAGAUCAGAUGUUUUCAGGAAGAGCUGGUCCUUCAUCUGGUCUCGCUUUUUCUCCAGUUAUUCAAAUGCCUUACUCUUCCCUAAAUCAAACUCAGCAACCCAUUUUGCCUCCGGGUCUGUCUGGCACUGGAAACUCUUCGGAUAUACUGAGGAGGAUGAUUAGUUCCCAAUUAUCAAAUAUGGGAGGAGGGUAUAGAGAAUCCGCUCAGCAGCUACAGAAUGCAUGGGAUGGCGAGCUUCACAAUGUUGUGCAGAUGGGUUUCAAUGCCAGUUCUCCCCAUGACAACCAAGAAACAAACUGUUCCGUGCCAACCAGUCAAAUGAAAGCUGAAUCUUGAUGUUUAAAUGCUGCUCAUAUGAGUUUCUUGCUGCCAGAUGUUGAAGGGAAGGAAACUGUUAUCUCUAGUAUAAAGGAAACACCUCAAGUACAAGUUGUAUAUUUAACAACUCUGUUUCUUGGAGGACAUAUUCAUAUUUUGUUGUGAGCUUUUGAUGCAAUGUACAUUAUUUGAAGAAAAUAUAUAAUAACGCCCUUUCGUGGUUUAGCACAAUUCUGUAUUCUUGUUGAGAUUUAGGAUUUAGAGAUCUUUGUUCUCGUGCUAUUAGGUAAUGAAAAUGUAAAAAUUAUUAAAUCUUUCUCUUUAGCUGUAAUGGUGGAUACAUAUUA